AUGCUUGCAGGUUGGAGUAGUCACUACGACGGAUUGUGGACUGAAAAGUAUAUGAGUCGGCUCCCAUCUUCCACUCUUCUCACCUCGAGCACGUACAAGAUCUUCUUGAACAAGACUGAGCCUCAUCAUAUCCUCUCCCUCGAGCCAGUGGUCUUUCUAUCCUCACAGUUCAGCACAAUCAUGCUUCCCUUAUCCACAGCCCUGGUGGCUCUGCUCGCACUGUCAACCAGAACUACCGCAGCCCCGCUAGCAACUCGACAAACGUCCCGACAAGUUUAUAUCAACAAUGCUAUGAAUGCAAAAGAUGUACUUAUGAACGACUGGUAUAAUGCAUCCACGGGCCGCUUCCAAAAUCUGUGGUGGAACAGCGCCAAUGCGAUCACAACUUUGGCCGACCUUGUCUCUGUCAACCCAGACUUCAAGAACGACGCAGUCACUACCUUCGAGUCGACCUACACGAACGCACCUGGAUCUAAUGGUGGUGACUGGCUGAACGACUACUACGAUGAUGAGGGCUGGUGGGCGCUCGCUUGGAUCAAGGUCUACGACAUCACGAACGAUGGCAAAUAUCUUUCGACCGCGCAAUCAAUCUUCGAGGAUUUGUUGACUGGCUUCACUGCUUCCUGUGGUGGCGAGUGGUGGGACAAACCGCACACUCAAGACAACUCAAUCAACAACGAGCUCUUCUUGUCCAUAGCUGCACACUUGGCCAAUCGUGUACCCAGCCAGAAGUCUUACUAUCAAGACCAUGCCGUCGACCAGGCUAACUGGUUCCUCGGGACGAAGCUUCUAAGCGAGAACAACACUUUCCACGAUGGCUUCAGUGUCACAAACAACUGCGAGGUUGAAGGCACAGUCUGGACUUACAACCAAGGUGUCAUCCUCGGUGGCCUCGUGGAACUCUCUCAAGCGACCGGAAACUCCUCUUGGCUCGAUCCAGCAACGAAAGUCGCUCAGGGUGCCGUCAAGACCCUUGUAGACGGCAACGGCAUCAUGACCGAGACCGGUUCUUAUCCUACAAAUGACAAUGACGCGGACCAAUUCAAAGGUGUUCUCGCGAGAAACCUCGCGACCUUGCAGGCUGCUCGAGGCGACAGCUCGUAUGUCGACAUCUUGACCAAGAGUGCAGACUCGAUCUGGCAGAACGACAGGAACAGUGAUGGGCAGCUCGGACCAGAUUACCAAGGUCCGGUAUAUGCUACUUCUGCGCCAGCUCAGAGCUCCGCCAUGGACUGUAUCAUUGCGGCGGCUAUGGUAUCAUAG